AUGGCUGUUAGAAGAAGAAACGCGCUUAUUCUCAUAAGCACUUUUUCAAAUAAUUUCUCCACCAUUUCUCAUCAUCAUCACACUUCUCAUUACAGAAAACAAAUCUCCCUCGCUAAUCUCUUCCAAUCCUUCGGUUUCCCCUCCUCCAUCCUUCACCGUUUCCUCUCCCACAACAACUUCCUCCUCAACUCCGAUCCAUCACAGCUUCGCAAUUCACUUUCCACUCUCUUUUCCUUCCGAAUCCCACAGAAAACCCUAAUUUCACUCGUUCACGAUUGCCCUUCUGUCUUAGAACCCCAAUUUCUACAUAAUUGGGAAUCAGCUUUUCCAAAAUUCAAAUCCAACGCCUUUAACCCUUCCCCGUUGAUGAUCGCAAGCUUGUUGCGUUGUUCUAGAAAAUUCCAGUUAAACCCACUUCAACUCUCCCUGAAAGUUAAAAUUUUUAAGGGUUUAGGGUUUUCUGACGAUGUUACAGCUAGGGUUUUGGAAGAGUUUCCCAGCGCGGUUGUGAUGAGUGAGGAUAAAAUUGUUGGGGUAAUUGAUUUUCUAGUGGAAUUCAGUGUUCCGAGAGAUGAAAUCGACAGAGUUGUUAGAUUGUAUCCUAGGGUUUUGGGAUUUGGAGUUGAAGAUAGGUUGAAGCCGCUGAUUCAUGAGAUGAGGGGUUUAGGGUUUUCUCGACGCGAGAUUAAGGCAGAGGUUGUUAGGGAUCCCGGUAUUCUGGGAAUGGAGAUCGGGGAGUUUUCGCGGUGUUUGAAGCUUUUGCAUAGUUUGAAAUGCAGGGAGGCAAUUAAAGAGAGUAUUCUGGGGGAUGGUUUGGUUAGGGCUUGUUUUGGAGUGAAACUGCGAGUGGAUUGUUUGUGCGGUCACGGUUUGAUUCGGAGGGAUGCUUUGAAGGUGUUAUGGAAGGAACCGAGGUUGAUGAGUUAUGAUUUGGAGGAUAUUGAGAAGAAGAUUGAGUUUUUAGUUCAAAGGAUGAAGUAUGGUGUUGAUUGUUUGCAUGAAGUUCCGGAAUAUUUGGGUGUGAAUUUUGAGAAACAGAUUGUUCCUAGAUACAAUGUGAUUGAGUAUUUGAAAGGGAAAGGUGCAAUUGGGUUUGAAGUUGGAUUGAAGGAUAUUAUCAAACCAACUAGGCUUAGAUUUUAUAAUCUUUAUGUUAAGCCUUAUCCAGAAUGUGAAAAAAUAUAUGGCAGAUUUUCAGGUAAGGUUCAAGUUAAAAGAAAGCAUCCGGAUGGACUUUGGAAGCUGUUCAAACCACAGAAGUUUCAUCAAACCAGUAAAGAUGUGAAGAACAUGAAGGCUUUUAUGGACUCUUCACUGGUGUAG